AUGUCGCCUUCUCACUCGAAUGACGAAGCGGAAAGCACCGCUGGGUCUACUACACACAAUCAGAGGCUGAAACGCUCCAAGCGGGGGAAGUAUGUGUCUAAGGCUUGUCUGGAGUGCAGGAGGCGAAAACUCAAGUGCUCCGGAGAAGAGCCCUGUCAGCGUUGCAUUCGCUAUGGCAAAGAAUGCUGCUUUUCAGAAGAUCACGCCGCCGCCGAGAUACUGCGAAGCAUGAAUCGUAUCGGUCGUCCGAGGAUGUAUGGUUACCCUCCCACUUCGGGCACACCUUCCCAAGCUGGUCCGUCGGCUUCCGCUGGUCCGAGUGGGUCAUCAGGAAUGACGGGGGCGGCAACUGUCGCGUUGGGCUCGCAGACGAUGGGUAUAAUGCAAGGGGGAAAUGGUUUGACCCUGGAGGAGAGAAUGGAACGGCUCGAAGCUAAAGUGGAAGCCCUCGCUGCCAGUAGACUGGCAGAGCAGAAUGGGCCAGAUGCGAGCGGAUUCCAGGGUGACACGGCGUUUGAAGCCGCUGGAAACGCGCUCAAAGCGAACUUGACUUCCGUGAAGCGUCAACUAGGUAUCUCCCUCAGUCCGAGCACCGCACCCAUUUCGUCCAUCACUUCCAGCGGCGUUGAUCCCUCACCCACCGGCUCGACCUCAGCAGCCGAUUAUACAUACAUUAAGCGCGUCGAGUCGCAGUCAAUGCCGUUCCCCAACGCGGGUGAAUAUGCGCGAUACAUCGACUUCUUCUUCGAGGACAUCAACCCGUUCCAUUCGUGUGUGUCGGAACCCGAAUUCCGCGCACGAAGCGAACGGUUCCUGACUCGUCACGAUGUCGACCCCGCGGAUAUGCCCUUUUUCGCUCUCAACUAUAUCAUCUUCUCGUGCGUGGAUAUAUUGCAGGAUGUGAGCUGUGAAAAUCAGAGCAAAGGGCAACUACCUGGAUGGCAGUGGUUUCUUACAGCAGAUGACCUCGUGGGAAAGAGGCAGGUCACCGGGCGAGGCGACUUGGCUUUACUCCAAUUCACUGUCUACGAAGCAUUCUACCUCAUGCAUGCGGACAAAUGGAAUGCAGCAUACAAUAUCUCCGGCCUUGCCUGCCGGCUCUGCUUCCAAAAUGGGUUACACCAACAAUCGCGCUAUGGUCCCGAUUGCACGCCCUUCUAUGUCCAUUUACGCCAGCGCAUUCUCUGGACAGCUUAUUACCUUGACCGCCGGAUCUCCCUCAGCUGUGGGCGGCCGUAUGCGAUGCGUGAUCUGGAUCUCGAUGUAAAUCUGCCGGACUGGCUUGACGACAAACUUAUCAUACCUGGGCGGCCUGUCCCUCCCCCUGCCCCAGAGAAAUCGGCCAACGUUUACUUAUCUGCUAUGGUCGCCUAUGCGAGGCUGACGGGUGAUGUGUGGGAUGAACUGUUUUCCGCCAGAGGGGCCAAAGAAAGCACUCCUGAGACUAUCCUCGUGCUCGAUAACAGGAUCAAGCAAUGGUACGAGAACAUGCUCCCAACUUUUCCGCUCAUCCCCAGGAUGGGUGAACCUACUAGACGGCAUCUGAGACAAGAGCUGCUGAUCACCACUCGCUUCAACUACCUUCGACUUCUUCUGCGACGCCGUACGUUAAUCGCAAUGAACUACGACCGCGCAACUGGGCAAAUCUGUGGUGAUCUAAAUGUCGAUACGGUCAAUCGCCUUCAAGCCUUCGUCGACGAGCUUUCUUCCCCCAGUUCUUUCCGAUACCACAUGGCUACCACCCUCGGCGGGGCGAUCCUCUUCCUGGCUACCCUUCUUGCGCGUUACCUCUCGCAGAUCGGGUUACAGGACAUGCAGCCCAUCUACGCGGAGUCUUUCAAGACUGCUGUGCAGAUGCUGCGAGACCUUGCGGAACACCUCGAAUCUGCCCGUCGUAUUUUGCAUAAUCUGCAGGACAUCAUCCAUGUGAUCGAGACGCUGCUUAGCAAGUCUGGGUUACAGGGCCAGGAGGAGUACGCAAACUUUGUUCCGACAAACUUGGACAGUCUAUUCGCCUACGGCAUGUUGGACUUUCCAGCGCAGAUCACUGAUGGACCCGGAGGGGACUUGUUCCCGUCUGAUGCUAUCAAUUCACUGGACUGGGUAUAAUUGAUGGACAAAAGGCUUCUACCUGCCCUACAUACCCGUUGCAGUUGGGCUGGGGAUGAGAAGACAAAAACAUUGAAAUUGCUCAGAUCGACGUAUUCUUCUACUGGCAAUUCAUCCAGAACGCGGGAUCCAAGGCUGGCCUCUGUAAGCCUGUUGUAGCGAGAUUGUCACACGAUCACUGUAGGCUGGCGUGGCUAAUCCGAAAUACCUGAUUGAAA